AUGGAUCGACUUCACCCACUCGAAUCUAUGCACUCGGUUAUCCGAAAUGCCCUACCAAAUAUCACCGUUGAAUCCAUUAAUCCCUUACCAUCGUAUCGGCUCCUAAGAUUCUUCAGCAUUAAGAUCUCAGAUGGUCGAACAUUAAUCCUUAGCCUCCCGCCACCACCCACUCUGAGGCUACUCCGAUCUGAGAGGGCUGCAAGCGUCUCAGAAUCUCUUCUUACAAAGUGGCUUCUAGAAGGAGCGCUCCAGGCCCCUAUACAAGCUGGAGGUUCUAUCCAGGACAAGGCCGACUAUCACCCAACCACAGAAAUCCAACUAAAACAAGAUAAUCUGAAAGUUAGUUCCAAGGAAACAAUAAACUUAAAAGAGGACGUCCUCAGAUUUCUGCCUAUUCUUGUCGCCUAUUCUCUUUCAUCGACCGAGUUAGGUUCCCCUUUCAACAUUUUCGAACCGACUAGAGGGGUUCCCUUAUCUAAACUCCCAACACCUUUAACAACACCUGAAAGGAAGGUUAUAGACUUGGAGCGAGGUCAACUCAUACGACGUCUUUCUAAUUUCACGUCGCCAAAUGGGGUUUUCGGUCCAGUCACUGGGGUUAUCAACACCCAGCUUCCGACCGCCGAUACACAUGGAACACAACUAGCUAACCAGAGCUUCCGCGGUGCGCGUACAUGGAAACAUGCUUUUCACUCUCUAUUGGAGAGUGUGCUGAGAGAUGCGGAAGAUAUGGCUGUAACGAUUAGUUAUGAACCGAUCAGGGGUUAUUUCAACAGAUUGGGCUAUUUGUUAGAUGGCAUCAAAAUCGCACGACUAGUACUACUAGACGCAGGAGACGACUCCAACGUCCUAGUUUCACGAUUGAAAGAAUCUGCUGAAGAGGAGGAUAGGACUCAGCCCCAGCCCAUGCUGAGUCAAGAAACGAAAACGAUUAAGACGGAGGCAGCAAGCGAGAAGAAUCAAGAAGAUAAAGGCGGACGACCACCCGAUUCUCAGAGACCAGUACUCACUGUUACAGGACUCCGCGACUGGAGUAACUGUAUUUUCGGAGACCCCCUUUUUGCUGAGGCGUUCAAUCAGGACCCCUCACCUGAGUUCCUGCGUGGCUUCCGUGAAUCUCAAGAGUACGACACUUCUGGCGGCGAAAGCAAGAAGGCUAGCAAAGAUGGUAGCGAUAAUCUCGUCGAGGAUUGCGAGAAUGUGCCGGGCCGUUUACUGCUAUAUGAAUGUUACCACGCUACAGUGGCUGUUGUGAAGCAAUUUUAUCGACCUGGUCCUAAUAGCAGCGAUCGAGAGAUUACGGCGCGAAGACGCCUAGCCACGGCGCUAAAGAGACUCCAAGAGGUGGAGGAAGAGGCGGCAGGGAAACGUCCCAGAAGGCCUAGUGCCAAUGUGGAGGCGUGGCCGGUUAAGAAAUCUAGGGGAGAUAAGGAUAGUCCUAUCCCCAGCGUGGAAGAUGAAUGA